AUGGCACUUCGACGUGAAUGCAUAGAACUUUUUUCAUUGGACAUUAAAAAUAACUUGUCGACGUACAACAUAACAUCAGAGGCAUCCCUCUACAUCGAAUCAUUGCUCCGGAAAGUGAUAACCGAUAUUUCGCCUGGACAUCGGGGAAAGCGUCAAGCCAAUCGAUGGAGCAGACGAGAAGUGAGAACUCUGACGCCGCGCGAAUGGCGAAUGUUUACUGGGCGUCUAAAUAGGCUUAAACGACAGAGACUUGGUAACAGCAACCGGUACGACGCCAUUGCGAACGUCCACAGAGGCACCGUACUGGACUCUGCUCAUGGAGGACCAAACUUCCUCGGCUGGCACAGGGUUUAUCUUCUAGUAUUUGAGGCGGCUACUCAAUUUCCGACGCCAUUUUGGGACUCUACGCUGGAUUUCCACAUGGUCGACCCCACUCAGUCUGUGUUGUGGUCUAGUGAAUUCUUCGGAACAGGGUUUGGAACAGUGAAUGAUGGACCAUUUGGGCGUUGGAUCACUCCGGGAGGUAUUUCGCUAGUCCGAAACAUAGGCAACGGCGGAAGUCUGAUAUCGCGAGAUGGCGUUCGUAAUGUUCUCAGUAGAACCCGGCACAGCCAGAUUGUCGAACCUACAAACCCAUUGUUUGGCAUAGAGGCGUACCACAACGGACCACAUGUGUGGGUUGACGGUCAGUUAUCUUCCCCUAUGACGGCCGCACAGGACCCGAUUUUCUUCCUCCACCAUGCUUUUAUCGACUAUAUAUGGGAAAUGUUCCGGACACGUCAAAGAAGGAACGGGAUCGUAUCGGCCCUCGACUACCCAAGAGUUCAAAACUCACUACACCAGCCUGGAAGGAUCAUGGAUGGUUGGCCGUUUAUCAGGGGGCUGAGGAAUAUUGACGGUUAUAGUGAACGCUUUGCUAGGAUAUCGUCGUAUUCAACUUCACCUAAUUGUGCACGAUGUAAUAAUCCGACCUGGCCGUUUCCGGUUUUGCAGUGUGACAUGGCGAAUCGACGUUGCAUCUCUGCGCCAGUUCCACCGCAGGACGCUGCAGCGUUUGCUAGCGCCACGAACAGGGGAGUACAGGUGACACGCGCAAGGUCAAGCGUGGCACGAAUAGGUCCCUUGCCCAUUGGAGGCAAGUUCCUCUCUGUAUUUAGUGACCCUCGGACUAGGGGAGACACCUUGCCAUAUGGUCCGCUAAACGCUUAGGUAUAGAAACAUGAGGUGCAGGUUUUACAUUAAAAUCAUUA